AAGAGACGCACACACAAAUACACAAUCUCUCUCCCGUUCUCUCUCAAUAAAUAAUCAUUGUAUCCCAUUCAUUUACACCCUCAAAAUCCUUUUCCAUCCACCUCUCCACCUCAAAAAGUCAGCGCCUUCUUUUGUCUUCUUCUUUCUUCUCUCUAGAAAAAGUCAAAGAUAAACAUAGCAAGAGAAUAUGGAAGAUGAUUGGGAUCUAACCGCGGUGGUCAGAAGUUGCUCCGCCUCUAACACCACCACCACCGGCCCCACUAGUUCCAGCGGCAGCGCCACCACUUCUUCUAGUAACUUCCAACCAAGAGUAGAUGAUAAUAACAACAACUCUUUGUUUUGCUUUCAAGAUCUAAUGGAGCAGCCAAGAAUAUUGACCAAAGAUAGUAGUACUGGUUUUGAAGAGUUGCAUGAACUGUGCAAGCCUUUCUUUAUUGAAUCAGAAAAAUCGACACCAAGGAGAUUAUUACCCAUUUCACCGGUCUCUGUUCUUGGAAAAUUACAAGAUCUACCACCAUCACAACAGCAACAACAACGACAGCAACAACAACAUCAUCAGCUCAAUAAUAAUAAAUUGAUUCAGCCUAAGAGACCCUUGUCUGUAAAUGGUUCCGCAACUUGUACUUUACAUGCUCAAAGUCCAAGAACAAAAAGAAGGAAGAACCAAUUGAAGAAGGUAUGCCAAGUAGCUGCUGAUGCUUUAUCUUCUGAUACGUGGUCUUGGAGAAAAUAUGGCCAAAAACCCAUUAAAGGUUCCCCUUACCCAAGGGGAUAUUACAAAUGUAGCACAUCAAAGGGAUGUUUGGCCAGAAAACAAGUGGAGCGAAAUAGAUCCGACCCGAAUAUGUUCAUUGUCACUUAUACAGCUGAGCAUAAUCAUCCAAUGCCUACACACAGAAAUUCCUUAGCCGGAAUUAGUCGUCAUAAAACAGCGAAUUCCAAUAAACCCACCAGCUCAUCACCGGUAUCUUCACCGGUGAUCAAUUCUCCGGCACCGGAAAAUCAAGAAAGUGAUAUCUUUGAAGAUGAUGAUGAUGAUGAUGAAUUUGGUGUUUCUGAUGUUGGGUUGGGUAAAAUGGAAAUUCCGGGAGAUGACUUCUUUGAGGGUUUGGAUGAUCUUGAUAUUCCGGCCACCGGAGAAAUCUCGCCGGGGAAAUUUCCAGCGAGGUUGCAGUUUCCUUGGCUGGCGAAUAACGCCGCCACUACGGCAGCUGGCGGUGGUUGACCUGCCAAAGAUCCAUUCUCAUCAUGAUAUCAGAGUUAUGCCCAUUCCAA